UUUAUAAAACCAAGCUGUGCAUACCAGCAAGGCAUCUUCUCUUGUGUUGGGAGCACAGAAAGCCUUCCAUCAUGAGCUUCACUGGAAAGUACGAGUUCCAGUCCCAUGAAAACUUCGAGCCUUUCAUGAAAGCCCUUGGGCUUCCUGAUGAUCAUAUCCAGAAGGGUAAGGACAUGAAGAGUGUCUCAGAAAUUGUGCAGAAUGGGAAUAAGUUCAAGAUUACUUUUACUGCUGGCCCCAAAGUAAUGACCAAUGAGUUCACCAUUGGGGAGGAGUGUGAGAUGGAUCUGCCAACAGGAGAGAAGGUCAAGUGUGUUGUUAACAUGGAAGGUAACAACAAACUGGUUACUAACCUGAAGGGGCUGAAAUCCGUGACCGAACUCAACGGAGACACCAUCAUCCAUGUAAGUGGAGAAGAGAAGGGCAAUGACCAGAUUAACAGUGCAGACAGCUGCCUUCAGGGGUCCAAGGGGGGCCAGGCACUGAAAAGCCUACAGUGAUGCUAGAGACCUUAAACAGGUGCUGGAGAUGAGCACAUGCUUGCAUUCAGGCUCUGUAACCAAAGCAGAUCAGUUGACCAGGCAAUGAAGGCAUUGUUUUUGAAACAGUCUGAUUCACUAAGUGCCCUCUGAGAUCCUACCAGGCACUGCUGAUCAAAGUUAUAUGUAAUGAGGGCAUGUUUUCAGCCAUAUUUAUAGGUUUAGGGUGGGGCCUGGCACCUGUAAAGAGGAAAUGUACAAUUGUGAUUCCAGUCAGUAUCAGAUUAUCCUUAUCUGUGUUGGGGUACUCAUGAAUAUAUCCCAAGCUUUAAUAAUUUGAUUUAUAGAUGAUUAGAUGGAGAUCAGUCCUGUGCUGAUUUGCAAGACCAGAUCUUUUCCAAGUAGGGUUUGGAGCCAAGUGCAAUGCAAAGCUAACAAUUUC